ACGGCAAUUAAAGUAGUUGUAAACUAAACGUAAAUUAUGUUGUGACAGUCAUACUGCUGACUGUCUACACAUUUUUAAAUAGAAAGAACUGCUAACAAUAACAGUCUUUGAAAAUUCUUCCUGCUUGCCUCCAUUUUAAUGACGUCAUGAGAAAACUACUUUAACAAGAUGGCAGAAAAUAAUCAAAUGACGGGUGCAUUGAACACCGAGUCGACACAUCUCCUGAACUCAUUUUGGCCGAAUGUUACAAAUGAGAUAAGAAACUUAAAAAUGGACCACUUCAGGACUCAGGUUUUACCUCUUGCGAGAAUAAAAAAGAUCAUGAAGUUGGAUGAAGAUGUUAAGAUGAUCAGUGCUGAAGCCCCAGUGCUGUUUGCCAAGGCGUGUGAGAUCUUCAUCAGUGAGUUGUCAUUACGGGCCUGGCUGCAUACUGAAGACAACAAACGUAGAACACUGCAGAGGAAUGACAUAGCCAUGGCCAUCACCAAGUUUGACCAGUUUGAUUUUCUCAUUGACAUUGUGCCAAGAGAGGACAUCAAGCCAGCAAAGAGACAGGAUGAGGCCCGGACAUCUGUACUCCCAGAGCAGAUCCAGUACUACCUACAGCUAGCCCAACAGCAGGCACAACAGAAUCAGCAGGGGGCCACAUCACAAGCCUCAGCACAGCCAGUCACACAGGCUCUGGCCCAGUCUGCAGCGGGAACCACCCCUCAAUUACAGCUAGCAGGUGGAGCUCAACAGGUCCAGACUAACCAAGUAGGGCAGAUCCAGCUGCAAGGUGGGCAGAUUUUACAGCAGCCUUUUCAGGUGGCUCAGCAAAAUGCCCCUGUCGCAACAAGCCAGUCUCAGGUGAUCACCAUCCAGCCCCCACAGGUACAACAACAACAAGUACAACAACCACAACAGGUCCAGCAGGUGCAGGUGCAGCAGCCUCAAGUGUUCCAGCAGGUGAUCAACCCAUCCGGACAGAUAGAGAAUGUGCCAAUCCAAUUGACACCGCAACAGCUACAGGUUAUCCAGAUGCAGCUGCAGGGUAAAACUUCAAACCAGCCAAUCAUCAUCCAGACCUCUGCCUCACAGCCAACCACAUCGCAGUCUAUAGUCACCCAGGGUGAUGCCACUCAAUUAUUUGCUGGACAGGGUGCAUUUCAAGUUCAGCAGCUACAGGGGUCGGGCCAACAGGUGUUUUUACAGCAGGAUGGGGAACAACCAGACAGCUGAAACUAAGGAAACCAGUCUCUUUAGUAUCAGAAAGUACUCUCUAUUUAUUGUGUACAUACUGACAUUAAACUUUGUACAUCUUAAUGUAUAUAUGUGCAUGUAUUUGCACACCAGAUCUCUCAUCGAUGUUUUUAUUAAAAUGAAAUUUCUGACAGAGCAUAUUUAAUUACACUUACUAGACUAUUGCUGCUAUCAGCAUGGACAUCAAUCUUUGCUGGCCUUAUAUACUGUUUAAUGGUUGAGCGUGUAUGUGAAUUGUACAUUUAUUGUUUGAUUGUUAACAUUGUAAGGCAAGUUGUAAAUGACUUGUUUCGAUUCUUAUUUGUAAUUUGUAUGUUAUAUGAAUGUUUCAUCUUUAUGGUAUAAUUACCCAUUGUCUACCAGCAGUUGCGUCAUUAUUUUAUACUUGUAUAAAAUCUAGUUUCAUUGUACAGAUACAAGGAAUAUUUGUAAUAUAAAAAGUGUUUAUUAUCACUAUUUCAUCCUGAUGUAAAAUUUAUAUAAUUCUAUUAAGCUCAGAAACCCAUACAAGUUUAUGACAUUGUUGCCCACAUUGUAGAUUUCUUGACAAUUGACAGUCAAAUGGAAAUAUUAGAGUUACCUCCCUUACAUUGUAAAUUGUUAGUGAAAUGGACAACGGGGCUUUUUGCUAGGAUAUCUGCUAGUGCAGAUUGGAAUAAACAAACUUAACUGAAGAGAAGAUUCUAAUGUUUAACAUGAAUAAUGCAAAUUUUUAUCCCUUUGCAAUUGACUAAAGGGUGUUCAUAGUGUAUAGUUAACUUAAAAGACUAUGAUAAACAUUCUAACAAGUAAAUGAGAAGGAAAUACUCUUGUAUAUUUUUUUGCAUACUGAAUCCUUGAAUUUUCAAGUUCUGAAUCAAGUUUUUAACUUGGUGGUCUCUGUUAUUGCAUGAUUUUAUUGCUUUUUAUUAAAAUUGAAAUUAAAUGAA